AUGCCCCCGAGGCCCCCUAAAAAGGCUCAGAUUUCAGCGCCAAUCCAACCUGAAAAGCCCCUGUGGCUGUCUUCAAACCCACAGCGCAUAGCCAACCGACCAGCCGCGCCUCAUAAGCAAGCAAGCUUUGCUGGGCCGCAGGAGCGGUACGGGUUCUACUAUAUAAGCAACCUCGCGCCGGACGAGGCUAUCCUGUUUAUCGAUUACGAUUCGCAGCUGCAGCAGGCGGCGGCGGCGGCGGCGGCGGCGGAGGCGGCGAAAAUUAGAACUGUUACGACAGGCCGGUUUCAGGCAUUGCGCACGGCGCGUUCGAGGACCAUAAUGCCCUUGAAAAGGCGCUACGGCGGAGGUUAA